AUGUCUAUUAAGCAUUCGAAACAAUCUAAUGAACUAACAAUCCUUACCUUCAAUGUCAGAGGUCUGAAAACCGUGGCUAAGAGGCACCUUCUAUGUACUGAUCUCGAAAAAUACCAGGGCUCUAUAUGCUGUCUACAGGAGACUAAAGUAAAACACGGACUUGACGAAAUACACGGAAAUUAUCGCCUAAUACUGCUUCCCUCAGAAUCUAUACAUUAUGGACAAGGAUUCGCAAUACACAAGAACCACACCUCCAGACUAUAUCGAUAUUGGAAAGUCAGCGAUAGGAUCAGCGUCUUACAACUACGUACAAUCUCAAGCAGCAAGUCGAGGAGACUCACGUCAAUUGUCAAUGUCUACGCGCCACACAGUGGACGUAUUCAAAAAAAUCCAGAAGAACUUGAUAUCUUCUAUGAGGAAUUAGGAAGGACAUUAACAGACCUCGGUUCUUCGUACUUUCUGUUUGUUGCCGGGGACUGGAAUGCGAAAGUUGGAACCCGUAAAGGAAACGAAAGUUUUAUUGGCCAUCACGGAAGAGGAAUCAGAAACUAUCCAGGAACUGUUCUAGCUGAAUUCUGUCGGGUCUUUGACCUAUUCCUAUGCAACACCGGUUUCCAGCAUCCCGCGCGUCACAAAACGACGUGGACUGGCCAACGACCCUCACCGACCGCAGGGUCCGUCAACAUUUUCAACCAAAUUGACUACAUCGUCUGUCGAGCCGGGGAAAAAUCGCUUCUCCGAGACUCAAGGUCUUAUGGAGGUGCAGCUACUUACAGUGAUCAUAAAAUUGUCUCUGCCAAGUUUGCUAUGAAGACAUCAAUUGACCUACGACGAAGAGGGCCCAACGCUGAUGCAAGGAUAAGGCAUAAAAUCGAACAACUGUGCUCAUCUACGCUGGUCAGAGACAACUACCAACUGUCAAUCAUGAAAUCUCUUGGAAACAUAAAUGCCGAACUUUCUCCAGGAGGUGCCUGGGCGGAGACAAUGAAAGGGAUCCUCUUGGCAGCCGACGAGGCAAUUGGCCUUCGGUCGCAAGUACUAUGCAACAAAGGUAUACACUCUGAUCUCCCUGCCCUCAUCAAAGAACAAAAGGAGCUAAGACUACAACUGGAAAACACAUCUGAUCCGAAGAAGAAACAAAUCUUACAGAAUAGACGUUCAUCUACCCAGAAAAAAAUCAAAAUGUUGAACAAGACAAACUUCACUAACAAACUCGACUUAAUAGCUGCAGGAAUUGAACAGCUAAAGGACUCUUCAAAAAUGUUUACGGCAAUCCGCCUACUCAACAGGAAAAAACAAACUAACAAACUCAAAAUCCAUGACAGCAAUGGAAGAUUCAUCACAAAUCCCAAAGAGCAGGCUGAAUAUAUAGCCUCGUAUUUCGAGAGUAUAUUAACCGCUCACGGAGAAAUAUCCGAUUACACCAGCGGAUACACCACUCAUCUCAGCCUACCUAUCACCACCGGUGAAGUAUCAACUGCAAUAGCCAAACUUAAAAAUGGCCGCUCCUCUGGACCGGAUGGAAUAAAUUCCCAGGCACUUCUACUCUUAAAUUAA